AUGCCCGGAGUCCUCGACGCCUCGAUGGCUUCCUUAUCUCUCGACCUCGAUAUUCCUUCCAGUCUCGCUGCUGUAUUUACAGCGAAAACCUCACAGGCUUCCCUAGAUGCUUCUCUUGCAUUAUGCUCAGCCAUUACCGCCAACCCGGCGGUGGCACACCACUAUUUGGAUCAGUUAAUCCCCGCACUCGCCAAGGCCGCCAAUGAUAAGAAAUCUGGCACCAACCGGGAGUCCGCAAUGAUUGUUUACGGCGCUUUGUACGAGUCACUUCCAGUAAAGUCUCCUAUGACCGAGAUUUUGUUGCUUAAGUCGACCCUUGCAAAUGUCUUUGAUGGAUUGGCCGACAAAGGUUCUGUUGUUCGCGAGAGCGCGCAAUAUGCUAUCGAUGCCAUUUUUGCCUUGCUAAAGGAGGAGGGUCUUGUUGUUGGGCUCGUCCGUGUUCUCAUGGAAUAUCUGAAGAGCCCUGGUGCAAAAUGGCAAGGACGUGUUGGAGCGUUGCAACAGAUUGGAAAGGUUGCAGACAAGGCUGCUGCGAGAGAUGGCUUUUUGAAGAAUGUCAUGGGCCGUGAGCUUGAGAAGCUCAUUCCCGUUGUCGAGAGUGGCAUGCACGACCUCAAGAAGGAGGUUUCUAGCGCCGCCGUCAAGACAAUGACUAGUUUGAGUAAGCUACUCAGUAACGAUGAUGUCGCCAAACACAUUCCUACUUUGAUCAAGACUAUGAAGGAGCCCUCUAAGGAAACUCUUCAAAAAGCUAUUCACGACCUCAGUCAAACAACAUUUAUUGCCGUUGUUACAUCUCCCGUGCUUUCUCUUCUCACACCACUUCUUGAGCGGUCCCUCACAUCCCCUCAAACCUCUCAGGAUGUUCUUCGUCAAACCGUGGUCGUCGUGGAAAACUUGACUAAGCUUGUCCAUGACCCCGUCGAGGCUCGCGAGUUUCUUCCUCGUCUUCAGCCUGGUGUAAAGCGUAUCGAAGACACCGCCAGUUUGCCCGUCGUUCGUGCUCUAGCUAAGAGCGCGAAUGCCACAAUGGAGAAGGCGAUGAAGAGUGGUGCGGUUGGCGUUGACCAAUCUACCGCUGAGCGUAUUUCGGUUGAGGAUGUUGAGGCACAACUUAAUGGUCGAUGCCACAUCAAAGAAACUGAGAUCAACACAUGGGAAAUCAAAGGCGUUCGUAAUUACGUAGCCAGUAUGCUCAGAGAAGCUAUUGUCGUUCGGGAAUGGAAGCACAUCCACAACUGUGCCGAGCCUUAUCUUCGCUACAUUGUCGCGGCUGAGGAUGGUGAGGCGGAGGCUAAGAACAUUGCAUCCGAUCUGGAAAACUGGGCCAAAGAGGAGACUUUGAAGCGUUUUGGUGACGGUGUUGUUGAGGACGAUGGUAACACCGAGGUUGAGAUUGUCAAUGCCGAGUUCUCCCUUGCCUAUGGUGGUAUGAUGUUGCUUAACCACACGAACCUUAAACUCUACAAAGGUCAUCGUUAUGGACUUUGCGGGCGUAAUGGUGCCGGUAAAUCGACACUUAUGCGUUCUAUCAGCGAGGGCAAACUUGAAGGAUUUCCUUCCAAGGACGAGUUGAGAACCUGCUUUGUCGAGCACAAGUCAACUGAGGAGCGUGACAUGAGCAUCGUUGAGUAUAUCCAGAUCGCUCUCCGUGAUGCCGGUGAGACCGGUCAUUCCGAAGACGAGAUCAAGGAGACUCUACGCAGUGUCGGUUUUGAGGGUGAGAGAGCUGAUAUGAUGGUCGGGCAGCUCUCCGGAGGUUGGAAGAUGAAGUUGGCACUUGCGGAGGCUAUGUUGAGGCGUGCAGAGGUGCUUCUGUUGGACGAACCUACUAAUCACUUGGAUGUCCACAAUGUCAAAUGGUUGCAAGAUUAUCUCAAGACACAUACCGACAUUACUUCAUUAAUUGUGUCCCACGACUCACGAUUUUUGGACGCUGUUUGCACGGAUAUUAUCCACUACGAGGAGAAGAAGCUUGUUUAUUAUAAGGGAAACCUUUCCGAAUUUGUCAAAGUCCGCCCUGAAGGAAAAGCCUACUACACACUUGAUGCUUCUUCCGUUAAAUUCUUCUUCCCCCCUCCUGGUCUUCUUACUGGAGUGAAGUCCAACACCCGUUCAAUCAUCAAGAUGACUGGCGUCACAUACACGUACCCCAAUAGCCCUAAGCCCUCAUUAUAUGAUAUAACUUGCUCUCUCUCCCUUUCAUCACGUGUUGCUAUUAUCGGCGCCAACGGAGCUGGAAAAUCUACUCUCGUCAAGAUCCUUACCGGUGAAAUGGUACCGCAGAAGGGCAAAGUCGAAAAGCAUCCUAACUUGCGUGUUGGAUACAUGGCGCAGCAGUCGCUCCACCACGUGUCUAUGAACCUUGACAAGACCCCGUCUCAGUACUUGCAAUGGCGUUUCGCAGCUGGUGUGGACAAGGAGGUUUCAAUGAAGGAUACGCGUCUCCUUUCCGAUGAAGAUAAGGCACAGCUCGAGAAGCCUAUUGAUCUUGGUGAUGGGAGUGGACCAAAGAAAAUUGAGGCUUUGAUCGGUAGACAGAAGUGGAAGAAGAGUUUCCAGUACGAGGUUAAGUGGUUCGGGCUUCCGACCAAGUAUAACAACAUGAUCUCAAGAGAGACCUUGUUGGAAAAUGGGUUCGGCAAGAUUGUGCAGGAUUUCGACGAUGCGGAGAGUGCGAGAGAGGGUAUGGGUUACAGGGAGUUGGAUGUGGCCAGUAUCAGCAAGCAUUUCGAAGACGUUGGGUUACCAGCUGAUAUCGCCAUGAACAAUGAGAUUGGUGGUUUAUCCGGUGGACAGAAAGUUAAAGUCGUUAUCGCCGCCGCUAUGUGGCCGAAACCCCAUUUGCUAAUUUUGGACGAGCCGACCAAUUAUCUUGAUCGUGAGUCACUUGGUGCACUUGCAACCGCAAUCAAGGAGUUCCGUGGUGGUGUUUGCCUCAUUUCCCACGACGCCCAAUUCGUCUCUUCCCUUGCCAACGAGGAAUGGCACGUCGAAGGUGGUCGUAUGAUCAAGAAGGGUAUCAAUGGAGCUCUUCUUGCAGCCCCAGUUGACUCGCAGCCCGGAAGCAGUGCCGUCAGCAGUGCUCAAAGCAGUGCUGUUAACAGCGCUGUCAACAGUGAUGCUGAGGAUACCGGUGACAUGCAAUUCAAGCAGAGGAAGUCAAAGAAGAAGAAGUUCACUAGGGCGCAGUUGAAGGAGAGGGAGGUCAGGAGGAGAUUGAGGUACCUUGAGUGGCUUAACAGCCCCAAGGGUACUCCCAAGCCUGUCGAUACUGACGAUGAGGCCGAUUAA